AUGGCCGUGGCCGAAGAAUCACCUUCCAGCACCUCAAUCACCGACGACGGCAGAAAGCCAGGCGAAGUUGUCGUACCAAUUCCCGAAUCUGGCGCGGCUCAAAAUGAAGACGGGACCGAUUGUGUAUCAAACAAAUGCGAAGAUGGGAGCCUCAAGAGUUACUUUGAUCUUCAGAUACACAGACCGCAUCGGUUGGUGGACACAGCCCUGACUUGCAUGAUAGCGUCUGGUGUUCUCCUUCCAUUGAUGGACCUUGUCUUUGGCAAAUUUGUCACUGUCUUCAACAACUUCAUAACCGGCAAAGCUACCCCUGCAGAGUUUCGUUCCAGCCUCAACGACUACACCUUUGGAUUUCCAUACUAUACUUUGUCUAUCUCUUCAUCGCCAAACUUGUCCUCGUAUACAUCUGGACCGAUCACACGGUCUCUUCGAAUCGACUUCCUCAAGCAAACAAUACGCCAGGAAAUUGCCUUCUUCGACCUGCCCGAGGCCGGAUCCAUCUCCAGCCAUGUCACUACCAACGCCAACCUCGUCAACCAGGGAAUCUCAGAGAAACUGGGUCUCGCCAUUCAAGCUAUUGCAACCUUCUUCGCCGCCUUUGUUGUCGCCUUUGCGGUACAAUGGAAGUUGACCCUGAUUACCAUUUGCAUCGUGCCCGUCAUUGUCAUCGUCACCGGCAUCUGCAUGGGCAUCGACGCAAAGCAGGAAAACGAGAUCAUGACCAUCAACUCCCGAGCAUCCAAGCUUGCCGAGCAGGUAUUUGCGAGUGUCAAGACUGCUCAUGCCUUUUGGGCCUUCCCCAAGUUGUCAGGCAAGUAUGCAGCUAUUCUGGAUGAGGCCAAAGCGGUCGGCGCCAGAAAGAGUCCGAACUACGCCGUCUACUCCACGCCAAGCAUCGCGGCCAAGGUUCAAUCUGGUUAA